UCAUCCUCUAGCGGUAGUAACAAAAAUUGGAAAAAAAGAAAGAAAAAAAAGAUAAGAGAAGAAGAAGAUGGCCCAUGGUGGCUUAGGUAAGCGGCGCGUGGUGGAGGGGAAGCGCUUAGGAAGGAGAUCAAAAGGACCUGGUGUAGACAAAAAGCUAAAGCCGAAAGCCGUCUCUAUUAAGAACCUGAUACGCUCCAUUGAACGCAUGCUGCGAAAGGAGCUUACUCCUGAAGUUAGAGAAGCUCAAGAAAAGAAAUUAGACGGGCUUAAGAAGCAACAAGAAAUCCAUGCUCGACUCGCUGUGGAACGAAAGAUAUUCUUGAGGGAACGAAAGAUAUUCUUGAGGGAUCGAAAGAUUAAGUUUUUUGAAAGAAGAAAGAUUGAAAGGCGGAUAAGGCGGUUGGAGAAGCAGCAACGGACUAUAUCUGGUCAGGCACAAGACAUGGAGAUUGCUGAACAGCUUUCUAAAUUGAAAGAGGAUCUUGAAUAUGUUAGGUUUUUCCCCAAGACUGAGAAAUAUAUAUCAUUAUUUACGGGAGGUGAUGAUUCAGAAAUCAUUGAUAGGAGAAAUAGAUUGCGGAAGCAGAUAAAAUCCAACUUAGUUGCUGCUGCUGCCAGUGGGAGAGACUUGGAAGAGACAGGGAGCGAGGAUGAUGGACUGUUGGACUUAAGCGAUGAUGAUUUCUUUCUGAGUGGAAGUUCCAGUGAAGAAGCUGAUGCAGAUGAUGAAUGGACAGAAAGUACAAGGUCUGAGGGUCAUAAGGACCCAUAUCUGGAAGUGUGUCAGACACAGAUACUUAAGAAAAAGUCGGGGGAACGUGCUCCUGGCAUAGCGGCAUCCAGCAUAUCUAGUGAUGAAAGGAACAAGAGGCAGGUUUAAUGCUGCCUCCGAGGCCAUCAAAUAAUUCUUUUUCAAACUCAGUACGUGCAAAAUCAAGGUUCGGGUCUUCAUCUAGCCGAAACUCAUUGAUACGAGGAGAUGAAAUGCCUACAUCUAGCAACACAUCUAAAAGCAGAAGUGGUUCUUCCUAUAAGGGAGGGGGAUCCUCCAAUUCAAAGGCAGGAAACGUUAGUAACUUAAGUUCCAAUUCAGAUGCUCGCAAAUCACGUCGAAAGAGGAGACCAAAAAAGAGAAAGCAACUGGUUUGUUGAUUGUGAUUAUGAUUUAAUUUACUUCUUUGUUUCAGAUUUUCUUUUACCCUGCCAUGAUUCAUAAACUACUAGUAUCCGAAAACCAUAGUUUCAUGGUAGUGAAGAUGGUCUUAAUGGCAUAGUUUCAUGGUAGUGAAGAUGGUCUUAAUGGCAUAGUUUCAUGGUAGUGAAGAUGGUCUUAAUGGUUAAAGCUGGUACAAUUGUACUUUUCCCUUGAUGUUACUUCUCCAUCAUGUCUGGUGGACUAUGUUGCUCUGAUUUUUCGCCGACUUAUAUUCGGACAUGGAUUUUAGA